AUGGCAGCUUCUCAUCAGUCUGCGUUGGUCACCGUGACUGUAGCAAUAUUGAUGGUGAUGAUUUGCUUCUGCCAGGUAAGCGAGGGCGCCGAUGAUUUGAUAAGCAAAGUGUGCUCCGACGCACCGAACCCGCCGCUGUGCGACCAGCUACUAAGACCCGACCCGCGUUCGAAAGGGUCGGAUCUUGUGGGUCUGGGGGGUAUCAUGGUUGAGAAAGGGCAAGACGCUGUUAAAGCAGCGAUAGAUGCGAUUAAAUCGAUCCCGCCAAGUGCCGAAACCGACACGUGUCUAGAUUUUUUCACCGACGCCAUCGAUUCGCUGAACGAUUGCAAGCAGGACCUGGGAUCUCACGACUGGGAUAAGCUCCAGUACGACGCCGCCACUGCUAUUGAAGAUGUCGGAUAUUGUGACGAUAUAUUUACCGACGAGCCCGGAGGCACUGUGCCGCCGGUGGUUGCGGAGGCUGACCGGAGAGCUGAGGAGAUCAUUUAUGUGCUUUUAGUCAUUGAGAAACUGUCAAAAAGUCCUACUUAA